CGGAGAUACGCGUAUUUGGUAGGCCUAAAGGCUAAAGCUACCCUGACUUUGGAUGAUAUGAUUUGGAUUAAAAGAUGGGGCAGAAAAAGGGGACAGAAGUUAUCAGGAUUUCUUAGUUUUAAAACAGUAAAAGUUCAGAUGCAAUAUUUCUAAACCAGUGAAAGUUCAGAUACAUGUAACGUUACAUGUAUAUGCGGGUGUCCUGCACUUCAUAUAUCAACCGCCAGGUGUCGUUACUGCAAACUUUCGACGUAAACAGUAGCGAAGUCCCGCCUGUUUUCGAGCAACAAGUCUUCUUCUUCCAACCCGGGAGGAUAUAUUAAAAACCUCCAUGUUACAACAUGUUUGACGACGAAAAUUAUUCCCAUGUGAACUUGAAGGAGUUCUCGGGCCACAAAGAUGAGGUGAACUGCUGUGCAUUCUCCCCAGACUGGGAGAUGAUGGUGACAGGGUCAGAUGACUGUCUGGUCCGAGUCUGGAACACCCUCACUACCAGGAUGGUCUGUAAACUCCGGGGGCACCAAGGUGCUGUGAAGAGCUGUGCCUUAUCAAGUGACAGCAAGUUGUUUGCCACAGCUUCUUAUGACAGCACAGUGAGGGUGUGGCAGACCAGGACAGGGGACUGUAUACAUGUGCUACAAGGCCACACCAAGAGUGUGGAGACGGUUGUCUUCUCUCCUGACUGUACAAAACUGUGUUCUGGGUCAUGGGACUGCAGCGCCAUCAUGUGGGAUGUGCAGCAAGGCUGUGUUUUGAGAAUAUUAAGUGGACACAGCAGUCUGGUGCAGUCAUGUGACUUUGACUACAAGGACAAGCAUGUGGCAACAGGUUCGUGGGACUACACAGUGAGGGUGUGGCCUGUCAGCCCCAUUGCAGAUGAGAAAGUGAAGAUCCUACGAGGUCACACCAGUAAUGUGCACGCUGUGGUGUUCUCUAGAGUUGGCUUCCUGGCGAGUGGUUCCUGGGACAAGACAGUUCGUCUGUGGAACCCUGACACCAGUACGCUCCUGUUUGUGUUAGAGGGACACACGGGAUGGGUCAAGGCACUGGCCUUCUCCAUGGACAGUCUGUAUCUGGCCUCAGCUGCAGACGAUGAAACUGUUCUGAUCUGGGAUGUGACCAGUGGAACAUGUAUCAAGGAACUUCAGGGCAUGGUGGACCAGGUGCACACAUGUAAAUACUCCACAGAAGGCACCCUCCUGGCAUCAGGAGCUACAGCUGUCACACUCAUGGUCAGAACUAAACCUUCACAGGAAGAACAGAACACUGCAGAACCUGAAACUUCUACAGACUGUAGUUUAAAGACAAGAGUCAGCAGAACUUCAAGUCCCUGUCACACAUAACAAAAUAUG